UCUAUGCUUUUUUUCGUUCGAGUCGCGAUGUUCUGAGUUAGUAAUUUAAAUGACAUUGUUAUUUUAUUAAUUUUCUUGUAUUGUAAAAUUCACAAAUUCAUGAAUUAAAGGAACGUGGUGCUUGAUUGCUUAAAAAGGUACCUCCUAGUCUUAAGAUGGCUAUGUUGAUGAAAACAAGAGGUUUGCGUAUGUCUGCACAAAAGCAGGAAACGCUUUUAAAAUUGACUGUGUUAUCUCUUGCAGCAAUACUAUCAUUUGCUACAAGAUUAUUUUCAGUUCUAAGGUUUGAAAGCGUUAUCCAUGAAUUUGAUCCAUACUUUAACUAUCGCACAACAAAGUACUUAGCUGAAAAUGGGUUCUAUAGUUUCCACAAUUGGUUUGAUGACCGUGUUUGGUAUCCUUUAGGUAGAAUAAUUGGAGGGACAAUAUAUCCUGGCUUAAUGAUAACAUCAGCAGCAUUAUACCGUCUUUCAUGGUUAUUGAAUAUUACUUUAGAUAUACGUACUAUUUGUGUCUUCCUCGCUCCAUUAUUUUCUAGUUUAACAACAAUAAUUACUUACUUGCUUACCAAAGAACUGAAGGAUUCUGCAUCAGGGUUGUUUGCUGCAGCUAUGAUAGCAAUUGUUCCUGGUUAUAUAUCACGAUCUGUGGCAGGAUCUUACGAUAAUGAAGGCAUAGCUAUUUUUUGUAUGUUAUUUACAUAUUAUAUGUGGAUAAAAGCAGUUAAAACAGGAGCAAUUUGUUGGUCAACAUGUGCUGCCCUUGCAUAUUUUUAUAUGGUGUCUUCUUGGGGUGGUUAUGUGUUCCUGAUUAAUUUAAUCCCCUUACACGUUUUGACUUUAAUGGUAACUGGUAGAUUUUCACAUAGAAUCUACACUGCAUACAGUAUUUUAUAUUGUUUAGGAACAAUUUUAUCCAUGCAAAUAUCAUUUGUUGGUUUUCAACCUGUUCAAAGUUCUGAACAUAUGCUUGCAUUAGGAGUUUUUGGGCUAUGCCAGAUUCAUGCUCUAGUUGAUUACUUGCGCAGUAGAGUAUCACAAGAUGACUUUGAAGUAUUAUUCCGUGGACUUGUUAUUUCUGCAGUUACAAUUUCAUUUGUUUUGGGUGUUGUUUUAACUAUUACUGGAAAAAUAUCACCAUGGACUGGACGAUUUUACUCUCUAUUGGAUCCGUCUUAUGCAAAAAAUCAUAUACCAAUCAUUGCUUCCGUUUCGGAGCAUCAACCAACAUCAUGGAGCUCGUUUUAUUUCGAUCUCCAGAUUUUAGUAUUUUUAUUCCCAUUAGGUUUAUACUUUUGCUUCUCAAAGUUAACAGACUCUAAUAUUUUCCUUAUUUUAUAUGGGGUUACGAGUUUGUACUUUGCUGGUGUAAUGGUUCGUUUAAUGUUGGUUCUUGCUCCCGUGAUGUGCAUUCUGGGUGGAAUUGGAGCCUCCUCUUUAUUUGUUACUUAUAUGAAACAAUUGGAAAGAGGAAAAGUUAGUGAUAAAAAAUCUAAAAAGUUUGAAAAUAAUUACAUACUUAGAAGCGAGAUUGCUACGUUUUUCAUAACUUUAAUGUGCAUUCUGUUCUUUUCAUAUACCAUUCACUGUACAUGGGUUACAGCAGAAGCCUAUAGUUCACCUAGUAUUGUACUAUCAGCACGUUCUCCCGAUGGUGGUCGUAUGAUUUUCGAUGAUUUUAGAGAGGCAUAUUACUGGUUACGCAUGAAUACACCAGAAAACGCUAAGGUGAUGUCUUGGUGGGAUUAUGGGUAUCAAAUAACAGCAAUGGCCAAUCGUACGAUCUUAGUAGACAAUAAUACAUGGAAUAAUACUCACAUAUCAAGAGUUGGUCAAGCAAUGGCAAGUUCUGAAGAGAAAGCUUACGAAAUAAUGAGAGAAUUAGAUGUUAAUUACGUUCUUGUUAUUUUUGGAGGACUUACGGGCUAUUCAUCCGAUGAUAUUAAUAAGUUCCUAUGGAUGGUUCGCAUUGGUGGAAGCACUGAGAAAGGGAAAUCUAUAACAGAAUGGGAUUAUUAUAAUUCAGCAGGAGAGUUUAGAGUUGAUAAAGAGGGUUCUCCAGUUCUGCUCAAUUGCCUUAUGUACAAAAUGUGUUACUAUAGAUUUGGUCAAGUUUAUACCGAAGGAGGGAAACCUUCUGGGUAUGACCGGGUCAGAAAUAUGGAAAUCGGUAAUAAAGAUUUUGAGUUAGAUACGUUGGAAGAAGCCUAUACCACGGAACAUUGGCUUGUACGUAUUUACAAAGUGAAAGAUUUGAAAAAUAGAGGAAUCUAAAAACUGUGAAUUAGUAACAAAGGAUAAUGCAACUUUUGUAAAUUUUUUCAUAAUUCCACUCACUUAUAAGUUUUAUAAUUAUAUAUAAAAUAACAACGUGGCACUAAAUACAGAAUUACAUAUUUCCAUGAAUAACAGCGUAAUCGAAACUUUUAUAAAAGACAUAUAAAAAUCCUCGCCAUAAAUGUUAAUUUAGUAAAUGUAUUUAUCGAUUUAUAAGAUAUUUUAAUUUUUGAAGUAAUAUUUGUAUCGAAUGAAAAAGGUGAACAUCAUAUUUAUUUUAAUAGUGUCCAUUAAAACAUAUUCCAGUACUUGUGUAAUAAAUUAUAUUUACAGUACAAUUUUGUUAAGUUAAAUAUUCUUGAAUAUGCAUUUAUCUUAAUCAUUGAUUUAAUCUCUGCAUUUAAAAUUAGUUUUCGCAGUUAUUUGUUUGCAUACACAGUUUUAUUCAUACACAAAUGUUGUUAGAAGGAACUUUGAUUAAAAGUUCCGGACUCAUUUAUAAUUAAUCAGUAAUCGUUUAGAUUUAAAGAAGAAAUUUGUAUUAAAAAUGACCAAUUUUUUUGUAAUUAAAAUUAUAUAUCAUAAACUUAACAGCUGUGACAUGUUUCAAUAGUAUUGUAUAAUAUAAAAAAAUCAAUUGAUUUCGGAUCAUUCGUGGUGCAUGCAUAUACAUAUAUACGUGUAUUAGAAAUAUGUACCAAUUUAUGGCUCAUAUAUUUCAAAGUGCAUGUCUGUAUCAUGUGUUGCUUAAAAUUAUAACUUGCAGCUUUUGUUUUGUAAACGUGUACAGACAUGUAUGGUUACUGGUGAGAGUGAAAAAUAAAUGUGAACAGACAGAA